AUGAGUUUUAUAGGACCGAGAAUGAAUUGCUAAUUGCAUUAAAAAUAUCCCAUAAGUCUGCUUAAUUUAACAAAAGGGUUAUCUAAAGAAAAAAGAUUACUAUGUACUAGAUGUAAUUUACAAUUGCAAUAAAAUUUGUAUAGUAUAGAAGAAAUAUUUGAAUUUGCAGUUUCGAUCUCGAAAUCUGAGAAGGAAUAAAUGGAAAUAUUGAAAAAAGAUAAGGAUCAAUUGGCUUAAAUUAAGAAUCUCCUUGGUUAUAUCUAAGCCUAUUAUAAUAAAUUAGAAUUUGAGCAUUAAUAAUUAUUUGACUAAGUGUUAAAAAAUCUCUUUAUAAAACAAAAUGAUUCUAUUGAUACCUGCAUCUAAAAAAAAUAAUAAAGUGAUAGAAAUGAAUUGAUUGGGUUGGCAGAAUAAGCCAGCUUAAUUAUAAAAUAAAAUAGUGAUAAAAUAGAAUUAUAAGAAAACAAUUCUAUUUAGUAAUUAGCGAAACUUGAUGAAUUGAGAGGGAGAAUAAAAUUACUAUAAGAUUAAUUAAAGAUGGUAAACAAUGAUUAAUCAUAAUCUAUAAUUCUUAAUUAAAAAGCACUCUAUCCAAAAUUAGAUCCAGUUUAGGUUAUUUAAUAAAAAAAGAUUGUCGAAGGAUCUGAGUUCAUAAGAAUAGCUGAGAUUUAAUUAGAGUAAUAAAAGAUAUAUGAUAUCAAAUUUAAUAGAGAUAAUAAUCUAUUUAUUAUAGGUGGUUCAAAGUUAAAGAAUAGUAAUUGUUAUGUUUAGAUUUGGAAAUAUGAGAAUGAUUAAGUUUCAAAAAUGCAGGAUUUAGAAAAUUGCCAUUCUGGAGAUGUGAAAUCUAUUUGUUUUUCAAGUUAGGAGGAUUCAUUUUUUACAGGAAGUCAAGAUACAACUAUAAUAUAUUGGAAGAUGGAACCUUAAGGAUGGAAUAAAUCUCAAGUAUUAUAGGAUUAAAGUAGUGGAAUAAUUGGAUUAUAAUUGAGUAAUAAAGGGAAUGUAUUGGCUGCUGUUUCUAAUUCAAUAUACUUGUGGAAAAGAGAACUUAAAUAAUGGGAAAAGGUUUAGGUUUUGAAUCAUAGUAAGAAGUAGUAUUUGUGUGUUUGUUUUAAUAAUGACGAUUCUUAUUUAGCUGCAGGUAGUUCAGAUUGUCAGAUAUAUGUUUAUUAGUAUUAAAAUGGGUAAUGGAUAUUGAAAACAACAAUAUAAGAUCAAUCAUAGGAGAUCAAUUUUAUUACAUUUCUCUAAGAUUUGAAUUUAGUGGCAGUUUUAAAGGAUAACUUUAUUAAUUAUUAUGAAUAUUCACCUAACAAUUGGUACGACUCAAAGAAGUUGUCAACUUUAUCAUCCUUUUAAGUUAGUUAUAGUAAACAAAGUAAUUUUUUGACAGUGGCAUCUGGGAAAUAGAAGGAAACCUUAAUUUAUUAGGUAGACCAGAGAGAUGGACUUAAGAAGGUUUAAUAGAUUCAAGCAAAAAGUGAUUAAGUAUAUUCAUCAAAUGACGGGAAAUUAAUAGCACUAUUUGCAAAUUAGAAAUUGGAAUUCUAUUCAGAUCAAAAUAUGUUAUAUUGA